CUCCACUGUCUCUUUAAACACACGACGAGGAAGAGACGAACAUAAUCCUCAACGGCCGCAUAAUUUCCGCAUGGUUCCAGACUUUGAUUCCUUCACUUCUUUUACCAAGAGAAUAAUAGUUUUGAAAUUCUAUUUGCUUUCCACGGCACAGACGUGAUCGACAAGCAGCAGCCGCCUUGCAUCCCAUCUAAUCAUUGUCUGUUUCUUAUUAUUCACUGCCUGCGCAAGCAGAGUCAAAAUCUCCAACGGGCGGGCGUUACUGCACGCCAACGGCGGCUCUUCCGCCUUGAACUAGAUUAGCCUGAGCGAUAAAGCUCAAUUCCAAGCCAAACGGCGAUUAAACCCGGCUUUGCCGGCCCCGAAGCAAAUAGAGCCACCGAGCGCAGACGAUCCUCCAAGUUUUCCCACACGAAGCCUGCAAUGGCAACCGAAGUUUCGCAACAUCCCCCAGAGGGCCUGCCACAUCACCCCAGGGAUCGUACCGGCAGCAUGUCAGUGGGAGCGCUGGCGUCGGCCGCCGGUGCUGCGCCCGAGAAUGGAGGCGGCGCCUCCCAAGACGGCUCAGCGAGAAUGUCAUCACCGGUCCCCGAUGCCGCUACCAGCGAGAUUGAGAGGCAGGUGCAGGAGGUACUGUCGUCCGAAAUCGGCAUUUCGACUCUUCUGAACAGAUUAAAACAAACAAUAAGCUCCGCUAAGGAGUUUGCGCAGUUCCUUAAGAAGCGCGCCGCGAUCGAGGAGGACCAUGCCUAUGGCAUGCGCAAGCUGUGCAAGACGACGCAGGACAUGAUGCAGCGGCCGGACCACAAGCAGGGUAGCUUCUCGGACGCCUACCACAGCAUGAUGAUGAUCCACGACAAGAUGGCGCAGAACGAGCUGCAGUUCUCCUCGUCGUUGCAGCAGAUGCACGACGACCUGGUCGAGCUGGCUGCCAUUGCGGAGAAGAACCGCAAGGGGUGGAAGGUCAACGGCCUGGCGGCCGAGCAAAAGGUGGCCGACAUGGAGGCGUCGGUGCGCAAACUCAAGGCCAAGCUGGACUCGACGGCCGACGAGUACGAGCGUGUGCGCACCGGUGACUCGAGCCAGAAGGGCGCCAAGAUGUUCGGCUUCAAGGGACCCAAAUCGGCGGCCCAGCACGAGGAUGACCUGCUACGCAAGGUGCAGGCGCUUGACCAGGACUUCCGCUCGCGUGUUGACAUGCUGCAAGCCGAAAAGUCGGAGCUUAUCAACUCGACAAGACCCGAAGCUGUGAAAGCUUUGCAGGAUAUUAUCAAGGAGUGUGAUGCUGGAUUGGCUCUGCAAAUUCAGAAAUUUGCAUCGUUUAACGAAAAGCUGUUACUGAGCAACGGUCUGAGCAUAAGCCCGCUGAGGAAAGAGGGGGAUAUCAAGAGUUUGCGGGAUGUUGUCACUGCGAUCAACAACGAGAACGAUCUUAGCAAUUACCUGGCUGGUCAUCAUCGACAGCUUCCCUCACGAGCAGGGGAGCUCAAGUAUGAAAGGCAUUCGGUUCUUGGUGGAGGACAAUCGAUGGCAGGAGCCUUGGCAGGAAACCAGGGCCCAACACCACAACCAUACGGACAACCAGGGGCCCAAUACAACAUGCCUCAGCAGCAAUUCAACUCUGGUCCUGCUCAACAACAAUCGAACAAUUCUCCCAUGGGAGGGGUCCCACCGAUGGCCGGGGCCCAGCGACCAUCAUCAAGAGGUCAUGAACGUAACUUUAGUCAUGGCAGCCUUCUGAGCAACCCACCGAUAUCUCAACAGCAGCAGCAACAGCAACAGCAACAGCAACAGCCGCAGCCUGCGCGAAACUCGGCACAGUCGGCUGUUCCCGGUCAAGGAUUCAAUGGACCGCCGCAGUUAGGUGCUCUAUCUUUCCAGCAGCCAACAAUGCCGCAGAUGCAACCCCAAUCGCAGCCACAGCCGCACCAGCCGCAACCGCAGCACAACAUGGGCCCGGUGAACCCAUUGAUGCAACACCCACCCCAGCAUGGUAACGGUGGACGGCCAGGAUCACCAGGCUACGGCCAGGGAGGACGAAAUCAGUCGCCACCACAUGGGGCUUCAGUACGGCCUGUCUUUGGCUCAUCAUUGAACCGACUGUACGAGAGAGACGGGCUCGCCGUUCCGCAGGUCGUGUACCAGUGCAUCACGGCCGUGGACUUUUACGGUCUGAACGUGGAGGGCAUCUACCGACUCUCUGGAUCUGUGCCGCAUGUGAACAAACUCAAGAACAUGUUUGAUACUACCUCGGACUCACCCAGCCUGGACUUCAGGAACCCUGAAAACUUCUUCCAUGACGUCAACAGUGUGGCCGGGCUUCUGAAGCAGUUCUUCCGUGACCUCCAAGACCCGCUCUUGACAAGGGAACACUACUCAGCAUUUAUAGAAGCAGCCAAAAACGAAGAUGACAUUGUCCGACGUGAUUCGAUGCACGCCAUUAUCAACAACCUGCCCGAUCCCAACUAUGCUACUCUCCGCGCGCUCGCCUUGCAUCUUCACCGUGUUAUGGAGAACAGCCACGUCAAUAGGAUGAAUUCGCAGAAUCUGGCCAUUGUCUUUGGACCGACUCUCAUGGGCACGGGUGCUCACAGCGAUAUUUCGGACGCAGGCUGGCAGGUUAGGGUCGUGGACACAAUUCUGAUCAACACCUUGGAGAUUUUUGACGAUGACUGAAUUUGCUGAUCAUCGCGUGGGGGAAAUUGGGGCUUUUUCGAUGAUGACUACGACAACGCUGUUGCUGUUGGGUCUCUGUCAAUGAUGAUAUAGCGAGUUUUGGGGGAGUUUGGCUUGCAUUAUGAUCCAAACAGAUUCAUUGGUCGGAGUUGCCCUUCUUUAUAUAUUCUUAUUCGGAGUCUGUCUUAACAUGGCUCCUUGUUGGUGUAAUGGCAUAGGUGAAGGCAUACUCGACUUCUGCUCCUGUUUUCUUCGUUUUAUCGCUUGGUUCAUCUUUUUGAUGCCCUUGUCUGUGACAAGACCAUGCUCACUACAACGUUUUUUACUCCUUUCUUGGUUUUGGGUUUGAUGGGUGCAACCAUUAACUGUUGAUAUCUUUGGUAUAUAUGAUAUCCUACAUAUUGUUUGCUGUGUCUAUUGACAUCGAACUUUGUCAUCCCC